CCAAAACCGUUCGUCUGCCCUUCCUUCAGGUGCACGGUCCACCGCUUGGCUGCGAAGAGGAUGAUCGCGGUCUUAGAAUCAGGACCCGACCGCGACAGUUCGGCCGUGAAGGAGCAGGUCAUUCAGAUCAGCAGCCGGGCCAACGUCAUCUCCUCCCAGACAGCCUUCAUCGCCAUCAACAAAGACCUCAACCAGCCACUGCAGGGCCCCAUGGUCAGGCGGAACGUCCCCCUCCCCAGGGCUUUUGGCUGUGCGCCGAUGGUGAUGUUACAAAGCUGCACCGCUGUCUAUCAGGGACCCAUGAUGGGUAAUGUGUGCUGCCAGUUUUUCAUGUGUGUGUGUGUAUGUCUAUGUGCGUAUGUCUGUGUGUGUCUCUCUGUGUGUCUACGCAUCUAA